AUGCUCGCCACCGCCGCCGCCGCGGAUGGCGCUGACGCUCCAAUUCCCGUGACGCGGCGCGAGGAGUGGGGGUGGUAUCUGUACGACGCGGCGGUGUCCGCGUUUUACUCGGUGGCGCUACCCGUGUUCUUCCCGCUGCUCCUCAACCAGCUCGCCGCCGACGCCGCGUGGCAGCAGGCGGGGCAGCCGCGCCCGCCCGACUGCGGCGUCGACGGCGUCACCGUGAAUUGCGCGCAGUGCGUGCCCGGCGAGGGAAUGCAGCUGCUGACGUCAUCUGGCUACUCGCCGCUGCCAAAUCCCAAGGUGCAGAUGGGGGCGGCGAGCAUGGAUCCAGUGGCAUUCGCUACAGUCACGCUGGGGCUGUCGGUGGUGUGCCAGGUGGCCGCAUUCAUCACCCUCGGGCCCCUCGCUGACUAUGGCAUGGGGCGCAUGCGGUUGCUACAAGGCGGCACAGCCAUGGGCAUAACAGCGUGUGCACUGUGCAUGGCGCUGGUGUCACCAUCCCUCUGGUGGCUCUCGGGGGUGCUGCUCAUCACGGCCAAUGUGGGCUACGGGCUCGCCAUUGUCGCCUACUACAGCUACCUGCCUGUGCUCGUGGACGCGGCUCCUCCAGUGCUCCUCGCAGCGCAGCUCGCAGCGUCCGCCCAUGCAGAGCUGUCCUGUGCUGCCUCUCUCCCUGCUGCUGCUCUCAGCAUGCCUGGUGCGGUGGAGGCGGGGAAAGCAGCGGAGACAGAGGCGGGGGCGGAUAGGCCAGCAGAGAGGGAAGCAGAGGAGGCCACAGAAAGGUCACCAGUGCAAGGGGGUAAAGAAGCCGAGCAAGAAAGGAUGGGAGAGCAGGAGUUGAUGGGGAAGCAGGCGUGGGCGGCAGCAGAGGCGCGCACACAUGCAGGCGUGGAGAGCAGUGCCGAGGCAUUUGUUGCCGUGGACUCGUGUGGGGCGGAUAAGGGUGACCUGUUCACACCGCUUCUCGUCGCCCGGGACCAGGAGGAGAACCGCAUGUCACUGACAGGGGUGGCGUGUGCCAGCAUCGCCUCCAUCCUCGCCACACUCCUCGCCUUCGCAGCCACGCUCCCUGUCUCCUCCGACUUGCUCAAACUCCGCCUCGCCCUGCUCGCCUGCGCCCUCUGGUGGCUCCUCCUCUCCCUCUUCACCUUCCUCUGGCUCCGCCCCCGCCCCGGCCCACCCUUCCCCCCUCCACCCCCGCUCCCCUCCUCCUCCCACUCCUCCGCAUGCCACCGCACCGCAUCCCACCUCACCGCACGCCUCGCCUCCGCCCUCUCCUCUGCCUUCGCCGGCUGGCGCCACAUGGGCCGACUCUUCGCCGAAGCGCGCCGCUACCGCUCGGCCUUCGCCUUUCUGCUCUGCUACUUCGUCUACGCGGACGGCUACACCACCAUUCUUCAAAUCGGGGUCCUCUUCGGGGAGAGGGACCUCUGUGUGCCCACGGAAACCCUCAUCUUCCUCGCCAUCUGCGUGUCUGUCACCGCGACUCUCUGCACGCCGCUGUUAUUCUACCUGCAGCGCUGGAUGCAGCCCGUGCUCACAAACAAAGCCAUGGUCAUGCUUAUGCUCGCCGGCAUGCUGCCGCUGCCGCUCUGGGGGCUACUGGGCUACCUCACACCGCCGCAGUCCAUAGGGCUGAAGGCCCCUUGGGAAUUGUUUGUGUUUGCGUGUUGGUUUGGGUUUUUUCUCGGCGGGCUGAAUGCGUACUCAAAGACGCUGUUCAUUGACAUGAUUCCGGUCGGGCGCGAGGCGGCGUUUUUCUCUCUCUACUCUGUAAGCGACAAGGGCUCGUCGUGGCUGGGGCCGUUCAUCGUCGCAAUCAUCGUGCAGGUGGGUUGGCUUGUCUUCAUGCCGCCACGCAAGAAAAGCAGCCAGAAAGGCAAGCAGAGGGCGGAUGAGGAGAAGCCGUGGGUUGAUCCCCCUUACGUCGUCUGGAUGAAAGCGCAGGAAGCAAAAGGGGCAGCUCGCCCACGCAUCGCGAACGAGGCUGCCGACGCCCCACGACCAUCCGCGCCGUACAUCGCCCACGACGAGGACGGCGCUGCCGAAAAUAUCGACGCAGACUCUGACGUCGACUCUGACGAGCUCGAGGAGAUAGUGUCAUCGAGUGACAGCGAGGCAGAUUCGGACAACAGUGACGCAGACGAAAGCGAGGACGGGGAUGACGAAGAUGGCGACGCGACGACUCGAGCUGCAGCCGGGCGAAAACGGCCCCGACGCAAGUCCCGCGCGAAGACGGACAACAACUACAAUACAGAGUGGGCUCCAGAGGAGCUUGUGGAAUUGGCUGCGGCCCGCUGGAACACCCGAGACGACAUAAAGGCACUGAAAGGGAAACAAGGAUCGCAGUACUGGAAGAAACUGCGGAAACAUAUGAAGAAGGCAAACCCGGGAUGGGAUCGCGAGAGCGAGCCUAUGAAGCAGGCCUGGAAGCGCAUUAUGGCGGACUACCGCAAGCUGGCCCGCAAGGACAUGGGAUCUGGUAACAAAGCAACAAAGAAGCCACGAUGGUGGGAAUAUGUGCUGAACCUCAAGCAUGGCACGGCGGCCGUUAGGCCGCAUGUGGUGGAUGGCGGAGGAGCGGGCGUGACUGACGUGGACCCUAACGCGUACAUUCCCGGCCCAAACGACGACAGUUCUGGUCCGUCAGGCACACCUGCUCCUAUGGCCGCCGCUUCAGGAGCUGGCACGCCGGGAAAGACAACAAGGCGUCGCGUAGACGAGACGGCAACCAUGGGUGGUGCACGCAUGAUCUCGGACACCAUUGUCGCCUGCACGAAGGAAGGCCUGCAGCAACUGAACCAAAUGGCCCAAUUUGUGGUGGCGGCUAUGACCCUGGCUGCACAUGGCUUGCCUCCGCCUGCGAGUGCUGCCCGUCCGGAGAAUGCAACGGCAGAUGGGAAUGGCAGACCCCUGCACCCGCCCACGCAGCGCCCACUGUUCUCCGCACCAGAGACGCGCAACGAUGCCAACCCUGGGCCAUCUACGCAGCCGCUGUAG